AAAAAAACAUGGUGAAAAUGGAACACAGCCAAACGCCCAGCCGUUGACUCCCCAACUCCAACUUCCCCCCAUAUGAAUUAACAAAAUUAAAAUAAUAAUACAGCAUUUAACGUGGCCGUUUUAUUUUACUAUCGUAAGCGCUGACCAAACCAAUCAAAGGAAGGAGUCUCCUAAUUCCAAAAGGGCGUGUGCCUACCACGGCGUCGUUUUCUUUCUCGCAAACUCUGUAAUAAACAACCAACAGGCUAUUUCGUCGUUCUCCUCUUUUCGGCCUCUUCCUUGUCAGGUGACUUUACUUUGCAAUUACAAUGGGGAGUUUCUUCAGAGGCCUAAAUGAGGAUUCAGUUACUUCUCCACUAGACAUUAUUAGAUGUCCAUUUUUGAGGAACAUUAAUGAGCCCACUAGUUUCUCCUUCACAUCAUCCUUGCCAUUCCCCAUGCCAGUUCGCACAGCCAAAGGUCCAAUAUUUGAGGAUGGUCCAAAUUUUGAUUUGGCUUUCAGGCUUUUUCAUGGGCGUGAUGGAGUAGUCCCGCUUUCUGAAAGAUCAUUUGUGCAUCGUGAAGCGGCAGAACCCGAGUUAGCCCCACCGCGGUUCAAUCCUUUAGCUGCUAAAGCAGCCACUAUUAGUCUUUCAUCCUUUGGACCUGGAGGACCUUUCAGUUUUGAUUCAUUUUCAGAGAAGUGGAAGAAUCAGAAAAGAAAAUCAAAAUCAUCUAAAAAAGAGUCUUCUUCACAGGGAGGAAAAUCUGAUCAUGAGGCUAUGAGCAAUGAGUGGCUACAAAAUGGGAACUGUCCAAUUGCAAAGUCAUAUCGUGCAGUGAGUGGUGUCCUACCACUUGUUGCAAAGGUUUUUCAGCCUCCUCCUGGCAUGCAACUUAGGUGCCCACCAGCAGUAGUUACAGCACGAGCAGCUAUAGCACGAACUGCUUUUGCAAAGAACCUUCGCCCUCAACCUUUGCCUGCAAAAGUACUUGUGAUUGGGAUGUUGGGUAUGGCGGCAAAUGUUCCCUUAGGUGUAUGGAGGGAACAUACUAAAAAGUUUUCACCAUCUUGGUUUAUUGCUGUCCAUGCAGCUGUUCCAUUCAUAGGAAUGCUUAGAAAGUCUGUGUUGAUGCCAAAGACUGCUAUGGCAUUUACCAUUGCAGCAUCUAUAUUGGGACAAGUCAUUGGUUCUAGGGCAGAGCGAUACCGUUUGAAGGCAGUAGCAGAGAAAAGAGUGACUAUUGAAGAAAAUUUUGUUGGUAAUACAAAUCAGUUGCAGGUAGUUGCAGUUAAAGAUGGGCAUUGUGGCAUUCCCAUGGAAUGGAAUUCAGCUCCUCUUCAGGUGGCCAGAUCUUCUACAUCUCCGGACGUUUUCUGCUAAUUUAUAUCAGAUGAGUGAUCUGUUUUUGGCUAUUGAGGAAAUAAUAAGAGGUGAUAAUUAAGGCAAAAAAUGGUAAUGAUUUGAUUUGUAACCGUCUGUAUAAGCAUUGUUCAAGUGUUAUUCCUUUCAUGUAAGAGACAUCCUUUUGGGACAUGGAAAUAUGAAAUUUUCAGUAAAUGUAUUGUGGUUUUCAA